AUGCAGGGUGACGAUCACCUGGACAGAGAGUCACUUAAAUACCAGGUGUUUCCUGAUCACUUUUUCCAGCAUUGGAAUGGGUAUAACAUUGUCUCGCCGUUGCAUGAGCCGGUACCUGUGGGUGCACUUGUGCCUCAGUAUUAUGGGCAUCAUGUUCCUGAUAAGGAUAUCCCGGUGAGGAAGGAGAAGAGGGUGGCGGCGGUUGAUGAUGUUGGUCAGUCUGACAUGGGUGAUGUCGGUGGUGGGGAGGAGCUCCAUUAUCGUAGCCCGAUCAUUCUCAUGGAGAAUUGUGGAAGUCUAAUCGACAUUGACACACUUAAUAUCAAUGAUAAACACGAAUGCACAUCAUUAAUUUUUCGGUUCCAUCACGCAGGGUCGGUCCACCACUCUGUCGCGCCUCGCAACAUUCUCUUCCAGCCAGGUCCUUUGACUGAAUUCCCCCUGUUCCACAUGGCCAACCAGAUGGCACCUAAUCCUCGAGACAGGGUGUUCAAUUUCAGGCUCAUUGAUUUCAGGAGGAGCAAGCUCUUUGGAAAUUCUUUGGUACAUGCAGGAGAGGAGUUCAUUGUUGAGAGGACUAUUGGAGUCCCGAGGACACGGGAUGGAAAUGAGAUUCGUGCAUUUGUAAGACUGUUUUUCUUGUAA